AGGCCGGCCUCGGGCUGAGGGAGCCGACCGUUGCCGCCGCGCUCAGGGUCCUGCAGGCGCCGCUGGAGCUCGUCGAGCAGCGGCCUGGCGUCAGGAUCCUGCGCUCCACGAUCGAGAGGGACGUGCCCUUGGACGACUUCGUCCGCGCCGUGGAGAAGUACCGCCGCGACCGGGCGCGCCGCAGAGAGGCGGGCGACGAGUCGGCCAAGCUGUGCUUCCCCAGGCGCAAGGCCGCCGCCCCGGCCGUGGGCGCCGCCGCGGCCGCGAAGCGGCCGCGCCUGGAGGAGAACUGGGCGAGGGCCCAGCCGCCAGGCCCCGCCGCGGCGGCCCCGCGGCCGCCCGGCGGGCCGGCCAAGGCCAUUGCAAAGCGAAGACCGCCUCCCUGAGGGCGCGCUGGGCGACUGCGAGCACAC